AUGGAAUCAACAAACAUUGUUCGCAGCACUCAAAUAUUGACUCAAACGAUUGAACUUAACAAUGAAUUAGAACCUCACGUCCCAAUUAAAGAAUCAAUUGCUCAACAGUUUCAAAAUCGAGGAGUACAUGCAGUUUCAGUUGAUUAUGACAACUCCCCAAAUUCUAAAAAAACAGUUCUUAAAAAUCCCGAAUGUGCUAAUGGCUUUGUGGCUGCUAUUUUCCAAGCUUAUAAUCAACAUCAACAUUUGCGUUUGAGUCCUGAUGAUGUUUGGCUUACAAUUGCUCAAGGUGUUAGUCGUCACAUUAAUUUUAAUGCUGAAAAAUUUCGAUCAAGGUUUGUUAAACAUGAAGGAAAAGAAGACAUUUAUGUAGAUGUUACAGGUGUUAUAGACUUAAAUCUUAAAGGGGAUUGGCCAGAAGUUGUAAACAGAUUUGUAGUAGAAGCUGACAAGCGCGUAGAAAAAAUUGAUUUAACACAAUUAUUAGUAUGUAAUUUCUCAACAACAACACCAAUUUCCUUAACAGCAAGUCGCAUUGUAUUGAUGGAUAUGGUUAAGGCUUAUUUCAGCUACUCUUGUGGGACAUGCUGUGGAAUUCCAAAAGUAACGCUUGAAGGUACUCUUGAAGAUUGGACAAAACUUCAAGAAAAAGUUAUGCAAUUAAGACAAUUAAAUUUAGAAUUGGAUUUUUGGUUGGAUCGUCUUGAACCAGUAAUUUUGAAAUUAGUAGCCACUUAUAAUGGUGAUAUUGAUGAAGAUUUUUGGAGUAGGAUUAUGAAUAAAUAUACGCGGUAUGGUUCAGGAGGCGGUACAUUUAUCACAGGAUGGAUUUUGGGAUUCUUUCCAUACAAUCAUGCUGGAAAUGCUUUACAUCAAAACCACUCAAAAUUUGAGAAUUUUCCGCCACCAGGCACAGUCGAAGUUCCUUUUAAAUUCACUGAUACGAAUCACUCUUUAAAGUUCAUUUCUGGGUUUAUUGGUGCUGAUCAGGAAAUUUCAGAUGGUGAGGCAAUUGUUUCUCCUGUAAUCGGAUGUGGUUUUUAUGAUAGUAGACCCGAGUCUGAUACUUAUGUUUGA